CAAACAGUUUGUACCUUGAAGUGGCAUAUGGUUGGACUGGGGUCUUGGUGGAACCUCAACCGGGGCUGUUCCAUCGUCUUUUGUUGAAGCACAGAAGGGUGGCGAGCCUUCUAACCUGCAUCAGCUCUAAACCAAAUAAGAUGAGAACAAACCUGGUGAUGAGUGACUUGGAAAACAACGACAUGAUUCAAGGAACUGCGGCAUUGAAAGGGGCUCAUCGUGUCCUAGAUGAGAGUACCACGGAAAUGGCCGUAACUUGUUACCCACUCAUCAAUAUUCUAAGAGCAACGGGUUUGACACAAUUGGAUGUUUUGUUUCUGGAUGUUCAGGGCAUUGAAGCUGAUAUACUGCAAACUGUGCCUUGGGAAGAAGUUGAUAUCAAGGUGAUAGUUCUCGAGUUUGAUGUCCCACGUUUCAUGGAAAGGGACAAGAAACUGGUCAUGGAUUUGCUUGAGCCCCUCGGAUACCGACUCGUGACCCAGAUUCUUGCAGAUCCCAAAGAUCCCUAUGAAUACUUGUGGAUCCCUGUGACAGUCCUUUUGUGGAUCCUGACAUCAAAGGCUGCUGUUCUGCCAUGGAGCCUGUUCUGGGAUGACAUCCCGGGAUGUGUCUUGGACGUUGUCCCGGGACAAUGUCCCAAGACAACAUCCCAUGAUGUGUCGCGGACCUUGUGGCAGACCGUGUCACAGGACAUUGUCACAGCGCCUGCGGUGGAGCCUGUCCCAGAGCAUGUCAUGGACACGCGUCCCGCCAAGCAAGCUGUGGCACAGGCAGGACUCCAUCCUGCCGACGCCACACCGCACCUCAGCCUGGCGCUGGUUUGCAACCUGACAAGACAGAUGUCUUUUGGAUCAUAUCUGGAGAACUUUGUGCUCACUAUAGAAAUCAGAGAGAAUCUGCUGCAGGACAACCGGAACGGCAAGAAGGGUUCAUAUCGGAUAAGGGACAAUGUCACUGAUCGAUCUCAAGGCGGACAACCGAAGAAAAUCAUAGAGCUGCUGGGUCAUAGGACAAACCUGGUGAUGAGUGACUUGGAAAACAACGACAUGAUUCAAGGAACUGCGGCAUUGAAAGGGGCUCAUCGUGUCCUAGAUGAGAGUACCACGGAAAUGGCCGUGACUUGUUACCCACUCAUCAAUAUUCUAAGAGCAACGGGUUUGACACAAUUGGAUAUUUUGUUUCUGGAUGUGCAGGGCAUUGAAGCUGAUAUACUACAAACUGUGCCUUGGGAAGAAGUUGAUAUCAAGCAUUGA